GGUGUGAACGGUUGAAGCGGAGAUCUCUUAACGAGAAAGUUAGUGUUCAGAAAAAAAUAUAAUAUACAAUACACAUAUAUUAAUUAAUUUAAUUAAAGAAAAAAAAGUAUACCAAGUGCUAGGAAAUAUUAAACGCGAAGUGCUUGCGCAGAGAAAAAGUUUGAUAAAUAAAAAUAUCAACUCAUGCAAAAGCGACACCCAUUUAAAACUACGGCGCCAGUAUAUCUUAUCAAUAAUUGUGUCAAUGUACCUUGUUUGUGAUAAAUCUUAAGUGAACAUAUUUUUUCGUCUCUCACAAAACAAAAUUGAUUAAAAAAUUAAUAACAAAAUAAAAAUAAAUUGGUUUUGGAUUACGUAAGGCAAGCGCUGAAAAUGGAUUAUGUAAGACUUGCAUAAAUGGAAAAUGACCCCAAAACAGCAUCCGAUGCCACUGCUGCUGUCUUUGUUGCUGGACCAGAAACAAACAGAAAACCAACACAUAAGGCGAACAGCAACAACAACAACAACAAAUUACAACAGAAAACCUGCAAAGCGAAUGGAAUUAUGAAUUCCUACAAAUGAAAUGGAAUGAAAUAAAAUUAAUGCUUAUGUGAAUAUAUGCAUGUGUGUGUGUAUGUGCAACGCACGCAUUGAGGUCGUAAACAGCGAAUUAGCGUAAAAACUGGGCGUGAACGCCUUGCUGUGUUCAGCUUUGAAAUCGAAAAUUGUAGCAUAACUUUGGGCGCACAAGUAUGGUGUUGUGAAAUUAACGCACGCUGGUAAGGGAAUUAGUGUGAAAAGGUGAUAAAAUAAAAAUUGAAACUCUCCCAGUGAAGGUAGAAAACCGUGUAGUCCUUAACAAUUGGGGAGCUUGGACCACCAACGAUGCGGUAAUCAACUUUCCCAACCAUCCGUGCAACAUAACGCGACCAACCAAGAGUGUGCAAAAACAAUAAUCAUCUAUACAACAACAAAUAACGUAAGCGUAAACAACAACAACAAAAACAACAAUUUAACUGCUUACCAGCAUCAACACCAGCAAAAAGCGCAAUCACAGCAGCAACAACAACAACAAACAACAGUAGCCAGUAGAGAGUAGUAAAAGUAGAAGCAGCAGCAGGGCAGCAUCCUCAUCACCAUGAAGGGCUUAACAGCGUUUAAGGAGAAGGCAUCGAGCGCUUUUAGUGGCAUUAAACCGAACAUCGAAAAAUUUGAAAUCUCGAAAAACCAUCAUGGCGGCUAUGGUGGCUACGAGGAAAUGGAGGAUGGUGAGAAGAUUGGCGAUGGACCAGGCGGUGGCAUUCGAUACGAUGACGACAGACCCGAUUCGCCAGCCUCAUUUGAGGAAAUCGAACGCCCGCCAUUACGAAAGAUCGAUAAAUAUUGCAAAGCGGAGUGUCCUUGUUUGCCGGCGCGUUACACGAUUGCGGUGAUGGCGUGUGUGGGAUUUAUGAUAUCCUUUGGUAUGCGUUGCAAUAUGUCGGCGGCGAAGCUGAAAGGCGAACAGAAUCAUACGAAGUUCAUGAAUUGGAGUGUCGCCGUGGAGAGCCAUGUGGAUUCGUCAUUCUUUUGGGGCUAUUUGAUUACACAAAUACCGGGUGGUUUCAUAGCGUCGAGAUUUCCGGCUAAUAAAAUCUUCGGAUUGUCUAUUGUAUGCUCGGCAACAUUGCAUUUGUUAGUGCCGCUGGUGAUGGCUCUGUGCCAUGGUUAUGUGUUAAUAGGUGUGCGUGUAACGCAGGGACUAUUCGAGGGUGUCACCUAUCCGGCUUGCCAUGGCAUUUGGAGAUUUUGGGCGCCACCCAUGGAGCGUUCACGUCUUGCCACAUUAGCAUUCAGCGGUUCAUAUGCGGGUGUUGUAGUGGGUCUUCCGAUGUCUGGUCUGCUCGCCGAUGCGAUUGGCUAUCAGGCGCCUUUCUACGCUUACGGCACGUUCGGCAUUACAUGGUACAUCUUUUGGUUGUGGCUCUGCUUUGAGAAUCCGCGCAAACAUCCUGCUAUCAGCAUACCCGAACUGAAGUAUAUCGAGAAGUCUUUGGGUGAGACUUCUAUGCAGCCCUCAAUGCCUUCGUUGAGCACCACACCCUGGCGUGAAAUGAUGCGCUCCAUGCCUGUUUAUGCCAUUAUUGUUGCAAAUUUUUGUCGUUCGUGGAACUUUUAUUUACUAGUGCUCUUCCAGUCGUCCUUCUUGAAAAAUAAAUUCGGCUUUCAGGUGGAAGAGGCGGGUUUUAUCGGUUCGCUGCCUCACUUGAUUAUGACGACUAUAGUGCCAUUUGGUGGCAUGUUGGCUGAUCAUUUGCGUAAAAAUGGUAUUAUGUCUACAACAAAUGUGAGAAAACUCUUUAAUUGUGGCGGGUUCGGUAUGGAGGGUUUAUUCUUUCUAUUUGUGGCGCAUUCCGACACGGCGACUGGCGCCAUGUUUGCUCUCACUUGUGGCGUUGCCUUCAGCGGGUUUGCCAUUUCGGGAUACAAUGUAAAUCAUUUGGAUAUUGCACCGCGCUAUGCCAGUAUUUUGAUGGGUCUCUCGAACGGUAUUGGCACUUUGGCUGGUAUAAUUGUGCCCUAUGCGCUGGAUGGAUUGAUUGACAGAGAUCCUCAUGGCUGUUGGACCACCGUUUUCACUCUUGCCUCUUGCGUCCAUUUAAUCGGCUGCACUUUUUAUGGCAUCUUUGCUUCUGGCGAACUGCAACCCUGGGCCGAGCCAGUACAUGAAGAGAAGCAAGUGUGGGCGCCACCAAUAGGCGCUAUUGCUGAAGAUCCCAGCCAGGCUGGUUAUACCAAAGAGACGUCAUUCGGUGCACUCCCUCAAUACACCGAGCAGAGUCAAAUGCAAAAACCGAAUGCCAUCAAUUAUGGUGCGACUGGUCACGUGGCUAACAAUCCCUUCGCCGCCAUGACGGGCACCAUACCAGAGGAGAGCGCAGUGCCUGAGCCCACAUCUGAUGCCAACAUGUAUGGGACGUAUGAUUACACGCAACAGCAACAACAACCGUCACAAAUGCCAAGUUAUGACCAACAAUACCAGCAGCCGGCAUACACAACACAGCAAAACUACCAACAACCCUAUCAGCCACAGUAGGAAGUGGCGGCGGAUUUAAUAGCAGAGAAGUAGUCAAAAUAAAUAGUAAAAAAAUAUAAUUACAUAUACAUAAAUAGCGAAGUUCGAUAGAAAAAUGAGUAAGGCAGCAAAAUCAGGCAGUGCAAUGGUGGAAUAGAUUGGGAAAGUAAUAAUAGAAAAGAUCAGCAAAUCAUUAAAAGUCAAAACCAAACAUUCGUGAGAACUAACCUAAUUUUAUUGAAAUGGUGACUAUUUUUCUUUAGAUAAAUUCAAAUCACUUACAAAUUACUGCAACCAAAGUACGAAGUAAUGCAUACAACUAAAUGGCAUACAACAACAACUGCAUAUAUUAAAAUAAAAAUAAAAAAAUUAACAAGAAAAAAAGGAAAGAGUAAAACAAUAAUAAUUCUGAGAACCAUUUGCUCAGAAAAUGAUAUCAAAUUUGUUUUAAAUGACAUUUAAAACAUUAGAAAAUUGAUAAAAUCUAUAGAAAAGCACACAACUCCUUACAUACACAGCUGCAAAGUAUGCGAAUAGUUACAAAUUCACAAAAAAAAAAAAAUAACAAAAUCCUAUUAAACGAAAUACUUGACAAAUAUUCAAAACUUUAUUUAACUUCAAAGAAAUUAUAUUACUGUUAUAAAAUGUAUGUAUGUGAAAAUACAUGUCACAUACAAAAUGUUAUUUUACUGUUGUUGAAACGUAUGUAUUUUAAAAAUAUUAUAUAUUAUUAGGGUGGGUCUGGCUUCCUUCGGCAUAGCAGUUUAACGAUUUUUUAAGAACAAAAGGCUUAUUGAAACUCUUCCGAGAAAGCACUUAUGGUAGGUCCAGUUUUCCAGUGUUAGUGUAACUGCGGUGAAUUUUUAAGUUGAGUUUAAGUCUGCAAAAUUGAGCCUUUAAACUCAGUUUAGCUGGAAAGCAGAGUUAACCUAGCACUGAAAAAGUGUCGCUUAGAAUUGUUUAAGUUAAUUUCAGUACAUUUUGCCGUAUCCUCUAUGCCCAAGCAAACUCACACCCAUUAAAUUGUUACUAUUUUAGGGAAGGAUGUGCUGAAAUAAGUUUACAUUUUAACUCGAGCCCCAUAUAAAAAAUAUGAAAUGAAAAGUAUGUAUUUAUUUAAUAGAUAAUUUUCAUUUAAUAGAAAAAACCGUUUUUUUUAAUACUUUGAUUUUUUGAUCAUAAUCUAAUGUUAAUAUUAACCACGCACAGUGUUUUUGUGUAAAAUUAUCAACUGCUACAAAGGCCACAAAAACUGUAAGAGUUGUAUAAAGAAGAAUAAUUCUAGUAAAAAAAAUGUAAUUAACCACUUCACGACUAAACCAAAAAACAAUAAUAAUUUAUCCAUUUACAAUUAAAAAAUAUUACAUUUUGACGACCAUCAUUACAAGGAUAAGCAUAUUUAGUUUAUUUAAAAUAACACGACAAAAAAAAUUUACCCAUUCAAAACCAAAAACUGUAACCCUUUCGCUACCAUCACUACAAGCGUAAAUAUGUUUAUUUUGUUUAAAUUAAUUCCUUUGCGACCAAAAAAAAACCCCAGUAUUAUAAAAAGGUAACACUUUCGCGACCAUCACUCAAACAUAAAUAUAUUUAAUUUAUUUAAAUUAAUACUUUAAGGACCAAUAAAAAAAAUUCACAUAUUCAAAAUCAAAAAACGUUAACCAUUUAACGGCUAUAACUUGAAACAUUGGCAUAUUUAAUAUAUUUAAAUUAACCCUUUCACUACCAAAAAAUUAACACUAUCAAGAAUAUAAAAAGUUAUGCAAACAUUAGCACUGUGUGGGGAGACUUUUCCUGUGAGAUGACCUCUCUGUAAGAAGCUACAAAGCCAUUGCAUUCUUAACAGGUUCCCUGUACCUGUACUGUGAUUUUCUUGAUUUGAUAUUAUAUUAGUAUGGCCUUAGUUAAAGAAAAAAUCAAAAAAAGAUUUCCUCUAAAGUGGAAAAUCGUUUUCGACGACGUACGGUCGAGGCUUUGACAGCACACUGAGUAGUCGAAGAAGUGAGAAAGAACCACAAGGAAGGAAUAUCUUUGACCAAAUCCUAACUAAAUCAUUUCCUUUUAGAAAUUCGAAGGAAAGGUGGGGAGCUAAUAAGAAAACAUUUCAUUCCUCGAGAAAAAUUCCAAGGAAAGUUGGAAAGCUAAUAAGAAAAAUUUCACUUCCUGACAUAAAUUCGAAGAAGAGAUAAAAAAACAAGAAAACAAAUGAGCAAGCUCAGAAUAAUUUCGAGUCUUCUCUGCGAUAACUGUAGAUAAUGAGGUAGAAUUAUCACGCAUUUACACCUCAGCUGUCCUGCUUUUGCGAGAGUAAGGUGUAGACCAUGGUGGAAAGAAUCCAGAAGGUGUGGUCAAUAUCAGACCGUAAACCGGCUCUCAGUGAAUUUUAAAAAAUCAGCUGAUUGGCUCCGCCCAUAUUCCUUCGUUGCCAUCUGGGCAAUGACUGAUUGGACGAGUGUGUGAAUACAUAUGAAAUGAACGGACAGAAUUCUGCUGCCAAAUCCCCGGUGACGUGGCAGCCAAGGUUGCUCUCACAGUUUUAUUUUUUACCAUAGUAAAUUGACCAAACUCGGUAAUCUAUCAUCCUUGGCUGUAGACAACUUGGCUCUCAAUUUCUACACAUGACUGAGGAGCGCUCACUAUCAGGCUAGGAUAUUUGUCUUUUGCGAUACUUCGUUACCGAUAAGCAGCUCUUUGUCAUCCAUAAUUCUAAUUAGUCGCUUUACAAACAUAUCCUAUGUCUUUAUGUUUUUGAGCAUUUUCUUGCACCACACCACUUUGAAAUUGAUUGAAAAAUAUGUCACUAAUUCUCCUCACCCUCUUCAAUAAUAUUCACAAAUCAUCGGUUGUGUCUACCUCAUAUGUCAAAUACUAAAAAUACUUACUUAAAUGUGUAUAUUUUCCUGUAAAUAAGCAAAUUUAUUGACUACUUAAAUGCGUUAAAGACAAACUAUAAAAUAUGUAAACUAUUAAGCCACAAAUAUGUUACCGGCCAGCUUAAGAAGAAAAAAUAUACAAAAACAAAUACAUGCUACUUAUAAAUAAUAGAAAUGAAGAAGUCAUCAAAAGCAAAAUUUAAAAUAUAAUUAAAAAAAGUUAAAAAUAUUAAUUUGCACAAAGGGAGCGUGUAUUUAGGUAAGGUGCAAGCAAACAAUUAGGCAUUAAAAUACAGUAUGUCAAAAUAUUUCAACGCCACGUAAAAUGACCGUAUGGUUUAUGGUUUAGUUUUAAUAAAUAUUUUUGUGAGAAACCUGAAAUUUAGCUGUUGAUAUCGGAAUUGCGCCAAAAUUAGAUUUGAAAAAAAAAAAAAUGCAUAUUUAUUUGCCGACACCAAUAAUGUAUAGGAUAUUAUUUUUAACAUUUUUUAAGUUUUCCUUUUACUUAAAUUUGCCCAACUAUUUCAAAAAUUCAGCUUUUGCCAGUGUACUAAGCUUCAUCAUAUUUGCAUUAUUUAUUUAAUAUUUUUUUUAUAUAAAUAAAUGCGCAAAAAUAAAAUUAAAAACUAAAUACUCAAAAUCAAAGAAGCAAGUGUGUGAGAGAGCAACAAAUGUAAAGUAAGCCACUGUAUAAUAAAUAACUUACAAAUAUUUAUGUAUUUUAUGUAAUUGUUUUCGGUUUUUAAUAUUAUAAAACAGAGAAAAUUGAUGUUUUUUAUUAUUACCGUUAUGAUAUUCUCAAUGUAAGCAAAUACAACAAACUCACAACUACAAAUGUAUAGUGAUUGUAUACGAACUUUGGAAAAAUAUCUAAUUAAAAAAAAAAUAAUAAAAUUAGCAAAAGCGUUUGAAAUAUCUGAAAAAGUUGUUGUUAGAAGAGUAAAUAGUUACUUAUGUAUUUAAACUGUUAGAUAAUGCAAGCGAGGACGGAGAAACACGUAAAAAUGUAUUGUAAAAUAUUGUAAAUUUCGGGGUUAGUUUUGUGAUGUAUAUUAAGUAGUAAUUAUAAAUAGUUUUAAAAUUAAGGUGUAUCUUUAAAUAUUUUAGAUUAUUAAAUUUUUGUAUUUAUAAGUAUUUCAGAUCUUUAGAGAAUAUUUUAGGUUUAAUUA